CUCUCUGAAACCAAGACUCAAACUUCAUGGAGAAUAUAAUUUUUGUUGUCAAAUGCAUGAGUUUUAGGUUUGGCUUCAUGGUGGCUGUGCUUUCUGCAUGAGGGCUUUCAGAGAAGACAGAUCUGUGCUUUCGUUCUAGGGAUGCAUAAUCAGAAAUGCAUUUGGGCUUUAUAUGUCCAUUCUAGGAAAUGAUGGGCAGCAUUCUGUAGCACUGCUACAGCACGGUGCAUAAAAGCACUCGGGAAGCUUUGUGCUCCCAAAACUUGUAGGAAAGCUCUUGUGGGCACACUGCUGGUGUGUUAGAAAUGGUGGAAGGCAGUGAAGCUGAUAGGAUGGUUUGUAUUUCCUGGAUACCUUCUGUAGAAGUGGAAGUGCUUUGUAAAUCUGAAGAUUUGUCACAUCUUAACCUUUGUGUGGGAAAUGGGAUUCUCUCCUUACUGACCAGAACUGUAAAUUAGAAGCAGAACUGUUUACAAGGCGGGCAGCAGCCAGAACUUUGCUGUUCUUUGGACCAGCAGGGGAUCACUGUGUUCACAUCCUGAACAUCCGAGUUUCCAGAACUCUGCUUCUAAACUGGCUCAGGGCUUGCAUUUUUCUUGGUUUUCCUCAGUUAAUGGGGUGAUGCUGUACCCUGGGUUACUUUUUGGACACGCGUUGUCUGAUAGUCCACAGAGAGGUUGUUUUUAGUGAAAAUGAGCUCUGCUGCCUUCAGCUGAAGCUCUGUGGCACAGCAGUGGGUGGAUGCUCAGUGCUGGGUCCGUGCUGUUCUGAUAGGCAGCUCAGGGAAUGCUUCGAAGUUCUGGCGAGUUCAGACUUGGCCGUGGUUGUUAAUAUUUUUAACUGUAAGUGGAAAGAAAACAAACUCAUUUUAUUUGGAAGAAAAGCUUUUAAAUAUGUUCCUCAUGCAGUCUCGUGUUGCAGGGUUUCAUAACGUUGACAGUUAAGACAACUCAGAUAAUGAUGGAGAGAAACUUCAACGUGGCCAUAGAGAUAAGCUGCUCUGGGAGUACAGAGAACACCACGUGUUUCUCAAGCCAAGAAGGAACCUGAAGCUGGGAUGAGAUAAGUGUCUCUAAACAGAGAGCUGUAGGAAGGUAUGGAUAAACUUGUCCCUCCUCCUUAAAGGAGAGACGGCAGCCUGAAAGAUGUGCAGUGCAAAGCAGGGGUGCAGUUGGGUGGAAGGAGUGGUUUUGUAGGUGAUCUUCACUGCUGGCAGCGUUUUGUUACGCUUCAGUGAUGAAGGGACUGAAGGAAUGGGCAUCAAGUAUGCUGAUUAACCUUGCCAGCUCUAAGUGGCUAAAUGUGCACUGUUUUUGUUGUCAGGUCUUUAUUACCUAGUGACACAAGCGAGAGCACAGAGGUCUGCAGAGCAGCUGAUAAAACUCCUUGUGCUGAGCUUCUGUGAGUGACUCCUGGUGCGUAUGUCUGUGCUGCUCAGCCACACGGCCAUCUCCAGCACUGUGUUAGCUCUGUGUCAGGGAGCCUAGCCUGCAGGUGAGAAUCAUUACUUUGAGGCCUAAGGCAAGCUUCAAGGAAUGCUCAUAUAUUGGUUUUCCCUGUCCAAAAGGCACUUGAAGAAGAAUGGAGAAAGCCUGGAAGAGACUCAGUGUGUGAGCAGUGUUGGGUUUGAGUUGCAGUCCAGCCUGCUGAGAGGAUGACAGGAACCAGUGGGAGAGAAACAGAUACAGGAGCUGAAAUGGCUGAAGCUGAACGUGCUCUAGACACCAUGAACUUCGAUGUGAUCAAAGGGAAGCCCAUUCGCAUCAUGUGGUCUCAGAGGGACCCCUCGUUGAGGAAGUCGGGGGUUGGGAACGUCUUCAUUAAGAACCUGGACAAAUCCAUUGAUAACAAGGCACUUUAUGACACGUUCUCAGCGUUUGGGAAUAUUUUGUCCUGCAAGGUGGUGUGUGAUGAGAAUGGCUCUAAGGGCUACGCAUUUGUGCACUUUGAGACCCAGGAUGCUGCAGAUAGAGCCAUCGAGAAGAUGAACGGCAUGCUGCUAAACGACCGCAAAGUAUUUGUUGGGAGAUUCAAGUCUCGUAAGGAGCGGGAGGCUGAGCUGGGAGCCAAGGCAAAGGAAUUCACCAACGUUUAUAUUAAGAACUUUGGGGAUGACAUGGAUGAUGAAAGGCUAAAGGAACUCUUCAGUAAAUAUGGUAAGACUCUGAGUGUUAAAGUGAUGACAGACCCCACUGGAAAAUCCAAAGGCUUUGGCUUUGUAAGCUUUGAAAAGCAUGAAGAUGCUAACAAGGCAGUGGAAGAAAUGAAUGGGAAGGAUAUCAAUGGGAAAAUGGUGUUUGUAGGCCGAGCACAGAAGAAGGUGGAGCGCCAGGCAGAGCUGAAAAGGAGAUUUGAACAGCUAAAACAAGAGAGAAUCAGCCGGUACCAGGGAGUUAAUCUGUACAUUAAAAACCUAGAUGACACUAUAGAUGAUGAAAAGCUGAGGAAGGAAUUCUCACCUUUUGGAUCAAUAACAAGUGCAAAGGUGAUGCUGGAAGAUGGACGGAGCAAAGGAUUUGGCUUUGUCUGCUUUUCCUCUCCAGAGGAAGCUACGAAAGCUGUGACAGAGAUGAAUGGUCGAAUAGUGGGCUCAAAGCCACUCUAUGUUGCACUUGCACAAAGGAAAGAAGAGCGGAAGGCUCAUCUAACUAAUCAGUACAUGCAGCGCAUUGCUGGCAUGAGAGCCUUGCCAGCCAACACAAUCAUUAAUCAGUUCCAGCCUGCUGCUGGCGGUUAUUUCAUGCCUGCUGUGCCCCAGGCUCAGAGCAGACCCACUUACUAUGCACCCAAUCAGAUGGCACAGAUGAGACCCAACCCGCGCUGGCAGCAAGGAGGAAGACCUCAAGGCUUCCAGGGAAUGCCAAGCGCCAUGCGCCAGUCUGGGCCACGGCCGGCCCUGCGCCACCUGGCCCCUGCUGCCACUGCUCCUGUCUCUCGUGGCCUCCCUGUUUCUGCCCAGCGAGUCGGUGUUACCACUGCAGGACAGAACUUGGCUCCUCGUCCACCUGUAGCAGCUCCUGCUCCCAGAGCAGUUCCCCCUUAUAAAUAUGCCUCAAGUGUCCGCAGCCCACAUCCACCUGUACAACCUUUGCAGGCACCUCAGCCUGCAGUACACGUGCAGGGACAGGAGCCACUAACAGCCUCCAUGCUGGCUGCUGCCCCUCCCCAGGAGCAGAAACAGAUGCUGGGAGAACGUUUGUUCCCUCUUAUUCAAGCUAUGCAUCCCAGCCUCGCAGGGAAGAUCACAGGAAUGUUGCUGGAGAUUGACAACUCGGAGCUGUUGCACAUGCUGGAGUCUCCAGAGUCCCUCCGGUCAAAGGUGGAGGAGGCUGUCGCAGUGUUGCAGGCUCACCAAGCCAAGAAAGAAGCUGCCCAGAAGGUGGGUGUGGUUGCUGCUACCUCUUAAGCCAGGAAGACUGGUGAGUGUCUCAGUCCUCGGCUUUGAUUAAAAGCUUCCAGGAUUGGUAAAUAAAGCAAGGCAGUCACUGAGUGUUGGUCUGGGAGGCUUAUGUUGGUUUGGGAGUGGCGCUUGUCUGAUUUUAGCCAGUUCUUCAAAAAUCUGUUUAAUUAAGCGUUGGAAAGAUGAUGUGUGAAUUGCUGAAGUGUUUCUGUUGGGAGGUCAUGGAAGUACAGCAGAUUGAGAUGAGUCUUGUGCCAGUGCUGAUCUAGGAGAUAAAAUGACGUGCAAGAUGUUCUGGUGACUUCAGGGUGAAGUGCUGUGCUGGUGCCAUUGCUUGUCCUGCAGUCAUCUGCCUGCAGCGUGCAUCAGAGGCUGCUGCCAGCAGAGCCAUUCCUGGUGCAGCUCUGCCCAAACAAAUGCUGUCUCCUGUGUCCAGCUCCAGACGCCUAGAGAAGGCUUUUAUUCCCCAGUACCUGGCUGGUUACUUCUUCCUCCUUUUCCUGCAGGAUGCAAAGAAGCCAAAUAGCCCCUGCCAGGUGUCAGCUCUGCAGAUUCUGCACUGUGCUGCAGGACUCAGGGCCGUGCGGCACGUCGCGUAGUUACACUGCAUUUUAUAAACCAAUCCUUAAACUCCUACCAAGCCGACUCUGCGCAGCUCUAGAUUUCCAAAACCAGAAUUGAGUUUGCAAGCUUCCCUUGUGUCACAGCAGGGUUACCGCUUGUCUUUUCGAAGCGCAACAUCGAGGAUUUCCAGUUAAAGCAUUUUGUGGUUUUGGUUUUAACUCAAAGUCCAGUGUGGAAAGUUCUGGAAAGUCUUUUGUCAAUAAAGGAAUAAAAUCUUUGUCUGCA